UCUAGAUCAUACCAAAUGAAACCAGAUCUUCUUGGCCGAGGCCGGCCGGUCGAUAAAGCAUCCAUCUAUCACACACAAAUGACUCGCGGAGACAGGGGAAGCAAGACACACUCACACAGACCACCACCAUGGCCGCCUCAGCCUCAACUCCCACGCUCUCUGCUACCCUCGUCGUCUUCGUGUCCGUCGUCAUCGCCGUCGGGGCGACCACGGCGCUGGACCAAGUGUGUGGCGGCCUGGGCGGCUACUACGUGACGCCGGAGCUCUGCGUGUCCGCGCUCUGCCCGGACCCGUCGCCGUCGUCGCCGUGCCGCGCCGCGCGCGACGCGCCCGCGGUGGCGGCGGUGGCGGCCAGGCUCGCGGCGGCCAACGCCACCGCGGCCAGGGACAGCGUCCAGGCCGCGCUCUCGUUCUAUGCCGCCGCCGCGGGGGACGACGACGCGGCGGCGGGGAAGAAGGCGGCCUUGCGGUCGUGCCUGCAGCUCUACGGCGGCGUCGUGCAGGCGCUGCAGUGGGCGGCGGGGUCCGUGGCCGCGGGGCGGUUCCCCGGCGCGAGGGAGGUGAUGCAGGCGGCGCAGUACGUGCCUGCCGGGUGCGACGGCAUGGUGGGCGGCGGCGUGGCGCUGCCCUCGGAGAACGAAGGCUUCGCCACCAUGGCCUUCGUCGCGCACGCCGUUCUCGCCACCCUGUCCAAUGGCUACUGAUCGACCACGAUGGACACUACCUCUGUCUCCCUCGCCGGCGUUGUAACUGUAAUAAGGCGUUGCCGUUAUAACAAUAUAUACAACAUUUCUUUAAAAAAAACAAUAUAUACAACAGCUCUGCACGACGUCGUGUUCAUAGAUCAA